AUGAACAUGAAUAUUGAGAAUGAAAUUGAUUUAGAAGAGGUUUAUGAUAAUAAAUGUUAUUAUAAAUUCCAUGAUUAGCAUAGAGUCUAUAAAGAUAAAUGGUGCAAAGCAUUUACAUUUAAUAAGGAUGACACAAAAUUGGUAAUGGGUUAUAAUCAAAUUAUAAGAGUAUAUUAAAUAAACAAGGGAGAACUUAAAUAUGUAUAGAGUAUUUUAGGACACAAUUUUGAUGUUAAUUGUUUGCAAUGGUUAAAUAAUUCAAAUCAAAUAAUCUCAGGUGGGCAUGAUAGAAAAUUUUUAUUUUGGCCAAUCAAUCUUAUAAGCAAAUCAAAAUUCAUAAUAAAAUUAGUUGUUCAUCAUCUACCUAUUACAUGUUUAAUUAAAAAUUCCUAAGAAAAUCUUUUAAUAUCAGGCAGUAUGGAUUAGACAAUUAAUUUUUUGGAAUUAAAUCUUUAGAAUUAAGUCUGGAAAUGUUCAUAAGUAUUAAAGGAGCAUAAUGAUACAAUAUUUGCAUUGAGUUUGAGUUAAGAUGAGAAUCAAUUAAUCUCUUGUGGAUAUGAUAAUCUAAUUUUAGUUUUAUAAAAGAGUUCAUCAUAAUGGAUAGUCAAAUAAAAGAUUUUCACAAGCGUUCAUGGUUACCGAUUAUGUUUCAUUACAGAUUAUUUAUUUACUUUCUAACCCUAUAAUAAAGAAGAAAUGUGGAUUUAUGAUAAUAGGAAUUCAUUAAGUCAAUUUAUAAUGACAAAAAGUAUUCAUGCAAAAAGUGAUUGUUAAGAUUUUGGAACAUUAUUUCCACAUUAAUUCUUUCCAAAAAAAGCCAUGCUAUUAGCUAAACAUGGUCAUUACAUUCAUCUAAUAAAAAUGCAAGAUUCAGAGGAUUUUAAAAUCUAAUAAUCAAUAAAUUAUAGGGAUUAAUGUAUAUAUGGAUAAUUGAGCAAUAAUGGAGAAUAUUUGGUAAGUUGGGAUAAUAAGUCCAAUUUAAUCAAAAUUAGGAAAUAUGUUGAAUAAUGA